CCAACUUCGCCUGGGUCUCUGACGGCCAUCGAAGGUGAGCUGCUGGGGACACCUGGUGGUUACUUGGUCCUUUCCUAAUCCUAAACUAACUGCCGACUGAAGAGUGAGCGACAGAAUGGACUCGCACAACUUGCGGCUGGGAAGGAGUUGUUCGUUUUCUAAGACUUGAGGGAUAUUUAUUUAUUUAUUUUUUGUGAACUGGGAGAAGUUGGGGUUAACUUCGAGGUUAGGGAUGGGCCUGGAGGUUGGUCCCUGUUGGCCACCGCUUCCUUCCCUUUUCCUUUCUGCUCCAGGAACCCAGUGCCUGACGGCGCCUUGACCGGGUAGAAGGGAGCAAAAAACCUAGAGACGCAAACAUCCAAAACUCACGCUCCUCUGUCAUUCUGGUGGAAACGGUCUUGCAGGUUGUUUCUGACAGGUCUGACUCCGUAAAGGUGAUUUGAGAAAACCCAGGAGCAAUGGGAGUCCAGGGACUUUGGAAGCUGCUUGAGUGUUCGGGAAGACAGAUAAAUCCAGAAACGCUGGAAGGAAAAAUUCUUGCUGUUGAUAUUAGCAUUUGGCUGAAUCAGGCACUUAAAGGAGUCAGGGACAGACAUGGAAACUCAAUUGAAAAUGCCCAUCUUCUCACUCUGUUUCAUCGACUUUGCAAGCUAUUAUUUUUCAGAAUCCGUCCAAUUUUUGUUUUUGAUGGAGAAGCACCACUGUUGAAGAAACAGACUUUGGCUAAGAGAAGACAAAGAAAAGAUUUGGCAUCUAGUGACUCCAAGAAAACUACAGAAAAACUUUUGAAGACAUUCUUAAAAAGACAAGCUAUCAAAACUGCUUUGAGAGGCAAAAGAGAUGAAGCACUUCCUAGUCUUACCCAGGUUCAAAGAGAAGAUGACAUUUAUAUUUUGCCUUCAUUACAAGAGGAGGAAAAAAAUAGCUCAGAGGAGGAAGAUGAAAAGGAAUGGCAAAUAAGAAUGAGUCAAAAACAAGCAUUACAGGAAGAAUUCUUUCAUAAUCCUCAUGCUAUAGACAUUGAAUCUGAAGACUUCAGCUGUCUACCACCAGAAAUAAAGCAUGAAAUCUUGACUGAUAUGAAAGAAUUUACUAAGCGAAGAAGAACAUUGUUUGAAGCAAUGCCUGAGGAGUCCAAUGACUUUUCAGCGUAUCAACUCCAGGGAUUACUUAAAAAAAACAACUUGAACCGACACAUAGAAAAUGUACAAAAAGAGAUGAAUCAACAACAUUCGGGCGAGAUCCAAAGACAAUAUGAAAAUGAAGGGGGUUUUAUGAAGGUGGUAGAAUCAAGGAAAGUAAUUUCCGAGGAUACUUCUCAUUACAUCUUGAUAAAAGGCAGUCAAGCUAAGAAAGCUGAAGAAAUGGAUACUAAAUCAGUUCUUCCUUCUUCUAGUAAAAUGUAUAGCCCGCAUCCUUUUGAUGCAAAAUCAUCGUCAUCAUUUGAGAAGCUGAAGACAGAGAAAGACACUUAUGCUGAUGCAGCAGCUCCUCCUUCCCCGAGGACCUUAUUAGCUAUCCAAGCAGCCAUGAUGGAAAGUAGCUCUGAAGAAGAGCUGGAGAAUGAAAAUAAAAAGCAGUUCAGUGUGAAAAAAGCACAUAACUCUCCUGGAAUAGAUGAAGGCUCUGUAUCGCCUAGAACUCUAUUGGCAAUUCAAGGAGUUCUUGAUGAUGAUGAUGAUGAUGUAAAAGCAAAUGAUGGGAGAAACUCUUAUAAUGGAGUGUCAGAAAUUAAAGGGAUUCUUCUAAAUAGGUCAGAAAAGGAAGAUGAUUUCCUUAAAGUUAGAGAAAACAAAGAAAGACAGUUUGCAACAGUAUCUCAUUCAGAAAAUAUGAUUUUUGCACAAGGAGAUAAAUGCAACAUUAAGAAUGAACACGAAUCUGCACCUACAAUUUAUUCAUCAAAUAUUGCCCUUUUAGGAAAGGAUGAGUCCAUUGUUAGAGAAGAACCAGCAUCACUAAGUCAUUCAGCAAAUGCGGUCUUUGGGCCAAGUGUUAAAUCUACUUUUAAGGAUGAAAAAGAAAUUAUUCUUACAACUCAUUCCGAGUACACAGUUAACAUAGAUAUUGGUGAAUCAGGGAUUGAGGUUAAUAAAGUCCCCCAAAUGGCAACUCAAUUGACAAGCACAGUUUUUGUAUCUGAAGAUAAAGAAAAACCUAUGAGUACUGAAUUAGAGAAGGAUAUUUUCAUAUCUCCAAACAAGUGUGAUUCUUCUCUGUUGGUUGUUUCAAGUGAUAAGGAAAUACAGUAUAAAAAAAAUCAAUCUGAAAUUGAAACUAACUCUUUCCAAGAAGUAAAUAACUUAAAAUCAGUAAAUACCCCUUUGAUGGAAGUAAGUAAUUUUCUUGCUACAACAAAAACUGUAGCAAGCUGUGGGCCCAGUGAACAUGAGAAUUCACAGAAAACUCUACAAGUUGGUGAAAAGAAUGAAUCUUUAGCUCAAGAUUUAAUUUCAGCAACACCAGAGACAAUGGUAGUAACAGAAAUGGACUCAGAAGAGAGUGAAUCUGAUGGUAGUUUCAUUGAAGUGGACAACGAAAGUAGUAGUGAUGAACAUGAUAUACAUGAAGUAUUCAGACCUCUUACUGAGCAUGAGGAAAAGUCAGUCAUUGAAGAGGAGGUUACAGACAUUGAGAGAAAAGGAGCUGUUGUGGCCACUGAAAACCUCCCAAGAGACUCUCCUGAAAUCAUGGAGUCAUCUAAGCAGCCAGAGGAAGGGAAUGAAAAAGAAACAGAUGAAACAAUCAAUGAAUGGCAAGAUAUUAAUUUGGAGGAACUGGAAGCUCUGGAGAAUGAUCUCUUAGUUGAACAGAAUUCAUUGAAAGCUCAAAAACAACAACAAGAACGGAUUGCUGCAACUGUAACGGGCCAGAUGUUCUUGGAAAGUCAGGAACUUCUACGAUUAUUUGGCAUUCCUUACGUUGAGGCGCCUAUGGAGGCAGAGGCUCAGUGUGCCAUUUUGGAUUUGACUGAUCAGACUUCUGGAACAAUCACUGAUGAUAGUGAUAUCUGGCUUUUUGGAGCACGGCAUGUGUAUAAAAACUUCUUCAGCAAAGACAAGUUUGUAGAAUAUUAUCAGUAUAUAGACUUUCACAACCAACUAGGAUUAGACCGGAGCAAAUUGAUUAAUUUGGCCUAUUUGCUUGGAAGUGAUUACACAGAAGGGAUACCCACUGUUGGCUGUGUAACAGCCAUGGAAAUUCUCAACGAAUUUCCUGGGCAUGGCUUAGAGCCUCUCUUAAAAUUUUCAGAAUGGUGGAAUGAAGCUCAAAAGACUAAGAAAAUAAGACCCAAUCCCCAUGACACCAAGGUGAAAAAGAAAUUGCGACAAUUACAACUUUCUCCUGGUUUCCCUAACCCAGCUGUUGCAGAAGCUUACCUGAAACCUGUGGUGGAUGAUUCAAAAGGAGCAUUCUUGUGGGGAAAACCAGAUCUUGAAAAAAUUAGAGAGUUUUGUCAGCGUUAUUUUGGCUGGAACAGAACAAAGACAGAUGAAUCUUUGUUACCUGUACUAAAACAGCUGAAUACACAUCAGACACAGCUCCACAUUGAUUCUUUCUUUAGGCUGAUACAACAUGAGAAACAACAUGUUAAAAGAAUUAAGAGCCAGAGACUCAACAGAGCUGUGACAUGUAUGCUCAGGAAAGAAAGGGAAGAAGAAGCUGGUGAAAUAGAAGCAGCUACUGCUGCCAUGGAGAGAGACUCUAAAUCACUUGAAAAAAGAAAGGACAAAAAUGGGAAGAAAACCACAGAAAAUAAAUUGGAAAAACCUCAAAAUUUAAAAAGAAAAGUGCUUUCUAGUGCCAAUCAGGAGAAUAAAUGUGGUGGAGGUGGCUUUGUUGGGGAAGCCUAUUUCUCAGAAUCAUUCGAUGUAUCUUUAGGGGAAGAUUCUGAAAGUACAUCUUCAAACAAGGUCAAGAGGGGAAAACCUACUAAGCAGCCAAAUAACGCCUCUUCAGGUUUCCAGGAGAUGAUACAACAUGAUUCUGAGAAGAAUGAAGAAGGGACUAGCAGCUCCAGUGAUGAAGAUGGCAAAGGAACACAAAUGGUUACGGUGACUGCUAGAUCUGUGUUUGAGAAAAAAAAAGGGAAACAAAGAAACGUGAGGGGGAAGAAAAGAAAAACAUAACCUACUUUUCUGCCUGUAGCUACGAGAACCAAAUAGGGGAUAGAUAUAAGGAGCUGGCCCCAGAGUCAUGCUGACUUGGGUUCCAGUCCUGUCACUGAUACAUAUUGACUGUGUGACUCUAGUGCAAGUCACUUAACUUCUUGGUGCCCCAGGCAACUAUUUAAAACUAAGUUUUAGAAUAGUUGCAGAUCUGGGUUGGUAGAGGAAUUUUCUUUACCAGAAGUAUUUAUGCUCAUGAAAUCACAGAUCUUGAUCUAGAUACAUCUAUCUGUAUAAAGAGAGAAAUUAGGUGUAAUAAAAUUUCCUAAUGAAUUUGUUAUAAAGAGAAAAUAAAAUUUAGC